ACGAUAUUUUUAUUAUUAAUUUUUGAAUCAAAAAUUUGAUUACCAAGUUUUCUUAAAUUCACCCCUGGCUACCUUUUGCUUUUCUUCCCAUGAUUUUCUAUGGAAAAAUUAUUUUGCCGUCAAGGAAUGACUGAGUGCCAAUACUUAGGAUCGUGAGCUGCUCGGAAUCCAUAAACGACUGAUUGAUUUGGAAACGGAGCUCCGCGAUGUGACUGUGUGGGUUCUCCAACGUGAUGCAGCCUACAGCGACGACCCACAAGCAUUCCAACCCCACCGCUGCGUCCCCCUGAUACACCAUGAGCCUAUCGAUUCGUCUGCAGUUUCCCGACGGGCGGUCGGAGGUGGUGGCGGUGGAUGGGACGACGACGGUGGCCGCGUUGUACGAUGAACAUGUGGCGGCGCACAUUAGCCCCGGACAGACCGGUCAGCUUCUCUACAUGGGCCGCGUCCUGGCCCCGCCCACGUCCCGUCUGGCCGAUCACGGCAUCCACGCCGACACCGUGGUGCAGGUGUUCCUCCGCCGCCCACAGCCCACCCCCGACAGCGACCCCGGGGCGGUGGAUCCCAACUACGUGCCGCCGGGUCUCGGGCACGGAUUGAUGGUCAUGGGGGGUUUCGCGCUGCUCGCCGGGUGGAUGUACUUGUUCUUCGCCGGCGAGGAGAACGAGGAUGAUGAAUGGGAACUCAACGUCCCGGCCUGUCUGUGCCUGGCCAUACUGUCCGUGACCUUUCUGCUCAUUGGCAAAGCCGCGCGAAUAUUCUGAAUAAUGCGUACUUUGAGAUGCUGUAAAAUAUUUGUUUAAAUUGGUCGGAGAUUUUUUUAUUGACUAUUGUGGAUUUUAUUAGUGAUGCGGGAAAAACAACACAAAUAAAUGGAAGGUGGUGC